AUGUCGCGUCAACUUAUCUCCAGCGAGAAAUUCCCUCCUAAACCGCAUAACUGCCCUGCGGUAAAGGUCCCCGGUUUAGUCUUCUGCGCUGGCCAAACAGCCACGGGAGAGAUCAAGCAGGCAACUAGAACCUGUUUACAGAAUCUCAAGGAAGUUCUCGAACUUGCAGGGUCGUCGCUUGAAAAGGUGGUCAAGUACAAUGUCUAUCUUGCAGAUAUGAAGGAUUUUGCCGCCAUGAAUGAAGCAUACAUUGAGUUCUUGCCCAAGCCGAUGCCGUCGCGUUCGUGCCUCCAGGCAGUUCCUCCAGGUGAUGGCACAGUUAUCGAGAUUGAAUGUAUUGCACAGGCUUGA